CGAAUUAAUUCAAGGGCGUCAGAGCUACUAGAGCAUUGAUAUAUACAUUCAAAUUAAUAUAUUUUUUACAACAUACGGGAGAAACAUAGUUACGAUUUUGGUUAUUUUGCAAAUUAAGAAAAGUUACGCUAUUUGAACAUAAAAUGGAUACCGAGCCCUUCAAUAAAACGGCAUUCCUUGAGGGUUAUCUGCUGAAGCACCGUGAGCUUGGCAAGCGACAACGGGAGUACAAGAAGCUGCUGUCCAGCAAGCUGAAAUCGCGCAAUGAAACGAUCAUCGAUGCCAGCUAUGAGAAUACCAUCGAUCGUCUCGAGGAGGAGAAGAAUGAUCUGCGCGCUCAAAUUUGGGUGGCCGCCGGCACAACGCACAUCAAAAAGGACAAACGCUAUUUGGGCCAGAUACGUUGCCAUGUGGAAUGCCAGGAGAAUCUGGCAGAGGAUAUAACCAAGCUAAAGACAUCUAUAUGCAAUAUGGAGCGCGAAAUCAGUCGUGUGAGCAAACAGAUCUACAAUCUCAAUCGAUUGACGGUCCCGGAACAGCAGCACCAGGCACAUGUGGCCAAAGUGCGCAAGAAGAUGGUCAUUUUGGAGAACUCGCUGGAGGUGGGCGUUCGCCAGGAGUGCGGCUUUACGGCGGCCAAUGCCGAGCUGCGUGAGCAACUCAUACGCAUACUCAAUCAUCGCACGUUCUUCAACGAUUCGUACACGAAGAUGGUUCAGAAACUUAACAGCGACAAGAAGUAUCUGAUAGAUCUCAUCGAGUAUGCACUGAACACCUUUGAUGGCUGCAUUGAUGUGUACGAGAAAAUCGAUAAGAUUACCAAGCGCGAGUCCAAGGAGCGUGAGCUGCGUCGCAUUGAGCUGCAAAGCAUUAUGCGCAAAGUGGCUGCCGAUGCGGACAACACGGCCUUCGUGGAGUGCAAGGGCAGGGAGAGGGUGCUAGCCGAUCUGCCAGCCAAGGAGUAUAGGCGUCGCGAUGAAUUCCGUCGCAAACAUAACAAGAAGAUCAAUCUGUAUAACUCGGUGCUCAAGAAGAUACUCGAUUACACUAACUCCAGCAAUGUGGAGGAGGUAAUCGAGAAGUUCCAGCAGCAGGAGAGUCUCUAUUACUCGUUCUUCAACUAUGCCAACGAGAUGAGCUAUCAUAUUACGCUGCUUAACAACUCGGUGAAUCGCCUGUUCGAGGAUAUUAUCGAUCUGAAACGCGAAAACACCAACACGCUGCAAGAUCAGAUCGAUAUGAUUAACUCCCUCGAGCAGCAGGUGCGCAAGAAGCAGGCAUCGAACGUGGAGCUCCACAAGACGCGCGAAAGCAAUGACACACGUCUCGAAAAUCUGUUGCAGGGCGUUGAAAUGCUCUGCGACAUGUGCUCGGUGGAUACGACGCCUUUGAAUGAGCUCCUGGGCGAUCACUCGCACGUAAAUCUAGUGAAUGUGGAACGCUUUCUCAGGCUGCUAGAGACACGCAUCCAGGACAUUGUGGCCAGUGUAUAUGUGUUUGAGCGCCAGGACGAGGGCAACAUCGACUAUGUGGUCAAGCAGAUCGAGAAGAUCUGUGAACUGCCCACCGAUCUCAAUGACAUUGUGCUCACCCAACAAUGUCCCGAGUGCGCCGAGGGCGAAGCCUUCAAUAUGGAUGAUGGCGGUGAUGGUGUUGCCAUUCACACUAUCAAGGAGGCCAAACAGAAGCUCUACGAGAAGAUUACGCAACCGGAAAUGCAAUAUCGCCUACAUAGCAUUAGCCAGUGCCGCUUGCCCCGCUCCAGGAUGCUGGCCGCCAAGCGAAAUGUCUAGGUUGAAGAAUCACUCAGUGGUAGGCGUUGCUUACUUUAAAUAAUACUAUGUCAUGGCCAAUUAAAUU